UUCAGUCUCGAAUAGAAUCGUCAGGAACAUCUUUGUUGUUUUUUGUGAAAUACUGUCUUGAUGUGAUGGAACUUUUCGACGCGAUUGGAGAGUUCGGGCCAUGGCAACGGAGGGUCUUCAUCGUGCUCUUCUGUAUGAAUGUGGUGGGCAUCUUUCAAAACUUUUCCAUCACCUUCCUUGCUCCAAACAUGGAUUUUCAAUGCGUUGAACCCCCUUCAUACAGAAAAGACAAUGACAGUGAAAUCGCUCUGUCAUUGGACUCUAGAUGUCAGGUUCCCGUGGGACCGAACGAAACCUCGUCCUGUACUCGGUGGGAGUAUAAUACUUCUCUAACUUCGCAAACAAUCGUCAGUGAGUGGAAUUUGGUGUGUGAUCGAGAAUGGUUAAUUUCUCUUGCAAAAUCCGUCUACAUGAUAGGUUUCCUACUCUCGGUCUCUUUCUUCGGGCAAGUCUCAGACUGCGUGGGACGCUUUCCUACCUUGAUCAUGUGCUACGUCAUCACCACUACCUCCAUGUUUCUGUCUCUUCUGUCCGAAUCCUAUACCAUGUUCAUCAUCCUGCGGUUUUUCCAGGCUUUUGGCAGGACAGGGAUCACCGCUGUUGGAUAUGUACUUCUGAUGGAGACAGCAGGCCCAAAUUACCGUGAAGGAAUCGGGAUAGCCAUUCAGUUGGGGUGGGCUGUCGGUUACGUGUUGUUGCCGGGUGUAGCUUAUUUCAUUCGUCAUUGGUUUUGGUUUCAACUUUUUGUGUCCCUUUGUUUCUUGCCAUUCCUUGUAUCUUACAAAUUUAUUCCAGAAUCUCCCCGAUGGCUAGCCAGCCGCGGGCGGACGAAAAAAUUAGAAAAAGUAUUGAUCAACGCUGCCGCCGUGAAUGGAAAAGAAUUUAAAGGCGAUAUCAGGGAUCUGGAUAUAUUCGAAAAUAACAAAGAGAUGAAAGAAAAGAAAGCGGAGACUAUUUUCGAAGUUUUGAAGAGGCCGAACAUGAGAAGCAGAAUUUUCAAGAUGAUAUAUUUAUGGAUGGUACAUACCUUCUUGUACUAUGGUGUAUCUUACAAUACCAAUGAUUUGGCAGGGAAUCCCUACUUUAAUUUUUUUAUUGCGGGGGCCAUGGAAUUCCCCUGCCGUGGCAUCGUGUUUUUCAUUCUCAAGAAACUGGGACGCAAGCCCAUCAUCGUAUUAUUCAUGACAGUGUGUGGACUCGCCUUCGGUGCCAUGAUAUUCAUUCCAACAGAUUUACCGUGGCUCAGUACAACUUUUGCUAUGGUGGGCAAAUUCUGCGUGACCGCUUCUUUUGCUCUGCUGUACCUUUACACCACAGAAAUGUUCCCAACAGGAGUGCGAAACGUUAGCUUCGGAACCUGUUCCAUGUGUGCACGCAUAGGCUCCAUCCUAGCGCCUUUCGUACGCGAGCUUGGUAAAGCAACACAUCCUUCCAUUCCGAAUGUGCUCUAUGCUCUUCUAGCUCUCAGCUGUACUUUGUUGACGCUGUUCCUGCCGGAAACGAGGGGAUUAAAAAUGCCCGACAGCCUUCAAGAAGGAGAAGAUCUCGGAAGAAUACCGGAUAAAAAGAAAGAAAGCAUAGAACUAAACCCACCUGCUUCAGAAGUUACCAGUCACAUGUAAAUGAAUAAAAAAAAACAGCUGCAUCCAACUGGAAGUUACUGCAGAUGUUACUGAAGCUUUCAGUAACUUUCAACUUUGACAAUUGACUUUAAGAAAUAUUAUAUUUUCAAUACUGUGACAUCAAAUAAUAUUAUACUUCAAUUUUAUUUUAAUUCAAGGAAUUCUGAUGUAAAUUUGCAUUCAGGAAGACUUGCAGAUGAAUUGUUGGCAUAUGUUUUACAAGUAUCCUUGCAUUAUUUUAUGUUAAAACUAUUCAGGGAAUAAAUAUUUUAUUAAUA